AAGCAGUUUUCUUACCUUGUCAAAUCUUUUUUUAAACUUUUCCUUUUUUUAACCUAGAGUACAUUUAACAUGUUUCUGCAAUGAAUUUGCAUUUUUUUCCUCUAUGCUGAUGCCUGAUUGUGUAUUUCCAGUUCCAAAGGACCAAUCAAUUUGUAACUGUUGCUUGUAACAUUAUGAUUCUACUGUAUUUUACUGAGGCAUCUCUUUGUGAAAAUUCCUACAGCAUUUUAUUGGUUUUUCCAGCAUCACUAGAAUAUUUCUUGUUCCUGUUCAGCAGCCCGUCUCCAAAAGAGAUCAGUAGCAGAAAAGGAAUGCAAGGGAGCCUGCAGGGAAACCACUUAGUCUCCUCCUUCAUUCUAGAGGCAACUGAGGUUGAGAGAGCACAAGCCCCUUACCACAGUCAGUUUCCAUGCAGUCACCUCAUCCUUUACGGUUUCAAAGCUCUUUAUGUGAAAGACAGAUUUGGGCCAUGAAUGGAUAAGACCCUAAGACUUUAAACCAAAUAGCUCAGCACUUUUGAUGCUGCUAAUUACACUGAUGCUGAGUGGCAGCUGAGGCUCCGUAAAUGUCAGACCAGUUCUUGCUUAGCUUCCUCUGUAGCACUUCCCACAUAGUUUGCUGCUGCUAUCUUACACCAUAAAGAAAACUUAAAGGAAUUUCUGUGGGACACUUAUUUAAAAGAGAGAGGAAAAAAAUAUAUAGGAAAAAAUCUACUGUUUUCUGAAUUACAACUUUUCAGACGCUGAGGGAGUGGUGCUGAUGGACAGCUCCAGCUUAUUGCAUAGUAACAAGUCUGGGUUUGCUGUCUCAGAGGAUUGGGAAACCUUCAUUGGAGUCUACUUACUUGUGCUGGGUUGGCUUUCUUGGCUUGGCAAUGGAGUGGUGAUCUUCAUCUUGUACAACCAACGACAUUCCCUGGAUCCUCAGGACUAUCUCACCUUCAAUCUUGCAGUCUCAGAUGCAGGCAUUUCUCUAUUUGGCUAUUCAAGGGGCAUUGUAGAGCUUUUUAAUAUUCUGAGAGAUGAUGGCUUUCUAAUCACUUCAGUAUGGACAUGCAAGAUGGAUGGAUUUAUAAUACUCUUUUUUGGUCUAAUCAGUAUUCAUACUCUGACAGCCAUCAGUGUCAUCAGAUACAUUAAAGGAUGCCAGCCUCACCAAGCUCACAAAAUUGAUAGAAAAAAUACUACCUUGACUUUGAUUGUGAUAUGGGCAACUGCUCUUUUCUGGGCCAGUGCACCACUUCUAGGGUGGGGUAGCUAUACAGAUCACAAAUAUGGAACAUGUGAAAUAGACUGGAUCAAGGCAACAUUCUCUGUUGUCUAUAAGUCUUAUGUGAUUGGAGUCUUCAUAUGUGGCUUCUUUAUUCCUGUCUCCAUCAUAAUUUUCUGUUACAUGUCAAUAAUAAAGGCUGUUAAAUCAAGUCAUAGGACUACAAGAGGUAAACAAAUUAGCCAAAGGCAGCAGCACAUGGAACGAAAUAUUACACAGGUAUCAUUUGUAAUUUGUUUUGCCUUUUUCCUGGCUUGGUCUCCAUAUGCAGUCAUCUCUAUGUGGUCAGCAUGUGGGUUUCAAGUGCCAACACUCGCCAAUAUCCUAGCCAGCCUUUUUGCCAAAUCUGCCAGUUUUUACAAUCCAUUCAUCUACAUGGGCAUGAGCUGUAAAUUCCGUAAAGACAUCAGAAACCUUUUCCAGUGUCUCAGCCGAAACAAGGACUCAAGUCUACAGAUGCCAGUAUUGAUAUUCAAUCAAAGAAAUGAGGCAGCUGUGCUCCUAAACCUACAGAGAGAUUUUGUGUCCAAAGUUUAUGAGGCUGAAGCACCAGGCUUAGAAAUGGAUUCAGUGCCCAGAGAUAAUCAUUUGGCACAGGAGAACCCUACAUUUUGUUCUCCUGUUUAUAACCAACUUACCACUUUUGAAAUAAAACCAGUUCAAAGGAAACAGAGUGGAUCAGGAUGACUCUGAUCUGGAGAAGGUGAAAUAAGGACUACUACUUUCACUGAAGAUUAGAUUUCCACAGCAAAUGACCUUUGUCCCUUGUCCUCAUCAAUCAGCUAAUAUUUCACAUAUAUUUAAAACUUCUCAUGUACAAUUUUCCAAAUACUAUAAAAAAGUAGCAAAAUUGAAAAUUGGUUCAUGAAGCCUAGUUUUCUCCUUUAAAAAAAAUAAUAGCACAUUACUAUAAUUAAGGUAUUUGUUUAUUCCUGGCAAAUUGUGACUGUCAAUGAAUAUGUCCUGUAAAUUGAUCCCAAUUCUAUUCCUAUUUUAUUGUAUUCCUUUUUUUCCCCUCUGUGGUAUGAUUACAUACUGGUCCAGAACCCAGGAUCUUACUGUAUAUAGCCUAAGACUAGUGCUAAAUAUGCUGAGCUCUGCUAGAAGCCAGUGACAGGCCAAGAUCCACUAUCUCCUAAACUGCCACAGGGAGACACA